AUGGUUUAUUUCAACUCUCAAAUAUGUGAUUCAGUCGUACCAUAUCGAAAUGUACGUCGUAUUCAAUUCGGAAUUUUAUCUCCGGAUGAAAUUCGACGAAUGUCGGUGACCUAUCCACCGAUUGAGUUUCCCGAAUUGUUUCAAGAAGGAAAACCGAAAAUACAAGGUUUAGUUGAUCCACGACAAGGUCCGGCUGAUCGAACCUUGAAAUGUGAUACUUGUCGUGGUUCUUACAUCGAAUGUCCAGGACAUUUUGGAAGUGACAGUCAGAAUGAUGUAACAAAAAUAUAUUCGAAUGGUUGUGGUCGAGUACAACCAACCUAUCGUCGGUCAGGUCUUGAGUUAACAAUUGAAUGGAAUCAAACAGUAGAUGAAAAUCAAGAAUCGAAAUCGAAAUUAUCAGCUGCACGUGUUCUCGAGAUUUUCAAAGCUAUUCCUGACACGAUGUGUGAAAUUCUUGGCAUGAAUCCUCGUCAAUCACGACCUGAUUGGAUGAUUCUUACUGUUUUACCGGUUCCACCUUUGUGUGUACGUCCAUC